UAAAAGUAGUCGACAGGGAGACACAAACAUCAUCAUCAUCUCUUAAGUCGAAGUGAAGUGUGAAGAAAGAGAAACAUCUCUGUGCAGCAGAAAUGGACCAGACCAAAGUGGUGAAGCCUGAAACCCUGGACGACCUCAUAAAGAUCCUGCAUAAAAUGUUCGAGGGUGACAGCGUCAAUGUGGAGGAGGUUCAGCAGGUCAUGGAGUCAUAUCGGAGCAAUCCGCAGGAGUGGAAGAAGUAUGCAAUCUUUGACAAGUACAGGUACACAAGAAACCUGGUCGAUGAGGGAAACGGGAAAUUCAAUCUCAUAGCUCUCUGCUGGGGUGAAGGACAUGGCAGUAGUAUCCACGACCACACAGACUCCCACUGUUUCAUGAAGAUGCUGCAGGGGCAACUGAAGGAGACGCUUUACGAUUGGCCAGAAGGCAAAUCGCAGGGAGACAUGGUCAAGAAGUCAGACAGAAUUCUUGAGGAAAACAAGGUCGCUUACAUCAAUGACUCCAUCGGUCUGCAUCGUGUGGAAAAUGCCAGCCACACAGAGGGUUCAGUGAGUUUGCACCUGUACAGCCCCCCCUUCGGUCAUUGCCAGACCUUCGACGAGCGGACAGGCCACAAGAACACUGUGAAGAUGACCUUCUGGAGCAAAUUUGGAGAUAGGAUGACAGCCGAGACUGCACUUUCACAAGAGAACAACUAGAGGUCCCCAAAGGAGGCUCCCAAUGUUCAACACUUAUUAAAAUCAAGUUGACUGACGGGGAAUUGCUGGGGAUUGAGCAACCCAAUUUAAAAUCAGGAUCUGGCUGGUUCAAAGGGACAGCCCAGAAAUUAGAAUGGCUUUAUUGCUGCCCUUUGCGAGCUUGGCAAAUACUGAUGAGCAAAGGACGAUUGAUGAAUAGGCUUGGACAUGGACUGAAUCUGCCUUUUGUUUCCCGGGCUCGAGGUGACCCUUUUUCAAUAACAACAUUCCUGCCCAUCCAUGACCUAUGUAAGCACACUUCUGUAAAUUUAUAGCCCAUAGUCAAAAGUUGAGCUUUAGCAUUUUUAAAAUAUUGCUGUUUUUAGAGUUUUGUCUAUGUAUUUUUGAGGAAAAAAUGAAGAGUUCUGGAAUCAAUGGUUUUGCUACUGUAUUUACUAUCAAACAAUACCCCUAUUGUCUAAACAGUUUUAAAUUGUCAUUGUGGGAAUAUAUGUACAGUUUAGAUGAAUUUUUUUUUCUAUUUGCAUUAUGUCGCUGUAAGAAAUGUAAAGCUUUAGAUAUGUGUUGUUUGUAAUGGUGCGAUACUUAUUUGCAGGAUAUCUUGUUCACUGAAGACUAUUUGCAUUAAGAGGAACAGUCAUGUCAAAAAACUAAAAAAAAUACACGAUAUUGGCACAUUUUCAUUUUGGCAUAUUUUGAAGGAUAUUUAAUCUCACAUUGCCCCGUCGAAUGACAUAUAAUUUCUGUGAAGAAUUAAUACAUCUUUAGAGUAUAAAACACAUUUAAUCUUUCAUAUAACUUCAUUGUCUUGUCUUUUUCACUAUUGUGAAUGCUUAUCAAUAGUGUUUGUUGCACAACAUUUCAGUAAUGUAUUGAGGAAUCUAUGAGACAAUAAAGAACUCUUAUCAUUUUACAAAACAUCA